GUUGCUUGCAUAAAAUCGGACUUUCGGUGAAAAAAGGUUUUGGCACUUCUAACUGAUUGCGCUUGCGUUGUUGCGGAAGCAUUAAGUGCGAAUUUGUAUAAGUUGUCCUUAUUGCCGUGUUAGUUGUACCUCCACCUUUAAGUCUACCUGCGCGCCUUCGCUUGGCGGCUGCUCGUCAGGGUAGUAAUGGCAGACGAUAGCAAAAAGCACAAGAAAAGCAAGAAGCAGAAACGCGAUCAUGCACCUGAAACAGAUUCGGCUGCUGCCCCUUCUGAUGCCGCCGCCAACACUGAGGGCGCAGAAGCCGUUGGCGAUGAUGCCGGGCCGAGUGGCCGCAAAUGGACGCUCAGCAUCGCGCUUCCUGGAACCCUCUUAGACAACCCUCCCUCUCUGGAGUACGCAGUCUUCGUCGCCGCCCAGAUUGCCCGCACUGCCGCAGCCUUCCAGGUCGAUGAGGUGGUCGUGUACGACGAUUCACCUGCGGCAACAGCUUACCAGCCAGGACAGCGUUCCGCAAGCGUCAGCACAGGAACAGCUCUUUUAGCGCGUGUGCUCCAGUUCUUGGACACACCGCCACACUUGCGACCCAACAUGUAUGAUAGCAACAUCAUGCAAGCGCAUCCCGAGCUCCGGAUUGCGGCCGCGCUUCCGGCGCCCAAUCCACCGCACCACGCAAGGCCAAGCGCCGCGUGGAUUCCGUACCGGGAGGGUGUCGUACUGAAGUCGGAGCCGGGCGCCGGCAGCUACGUAGAUGUGGGGAUGGAUCGGAUGGUGUGGCUGGAGCAUGAGUUGCCGCAGUCCACCCGCGUCACAGUGCACAUGGGCGACACGGAGCCCGCCACACGCUUCAUGGAGGCCUACUCCGAAACCAUGAUUCUCGGCACGGCCGUCCCCCCCUCCGAGCCCCGUGUGCGGCUGGGUCUGUACUGGGGCUACUGCGUGCGGCUGUCGCUGGGGCUGCAGCGCGUGUUCCAGGAGGGGGCGGUCAGCAGCAGCGGACAGUACGACCUCACCAUUGGCAGCAGCCGCGCAGGAGCGCCCACCGACCCCGUCGAACUGGUGCUGCCGCGAUUCAAACACGCGCUGAUCGUGUUUGGAGGCGGUUCUGGAGCCGGGGCCGGGGCCGGGGCGGGCAAGAAGGACAAGAAGCAGGGUGGUGCCGCCGCUGCCGCUGCUGCGGGUGCGGCUGCUGCUCCCUCCCAGCAGCAGCCCGCACAGGAUCUGGACCAGCUGAUAAGCCGAGUGCCCGACUGGGACCACAAGGCGCCGCAGGACGUGUUCAACCUCUACCUCAACACCACGCCGCACCUGGGCACGCUGCGGCUGCGUACGGAGGAUGCGCUGCCCGUUGCACUGUCGUACCUCAUAACGCCCAUCCUCAAGUACGCCAAGCAGUAAAGUACGGCACUUAACAGCAGUAAGAAAACACCAUCAUGGAGCGCCCCCCGCUUGCAGCAUGACGCUUAGACGUCAUUAUUAGGGUAUCCCGCGCUCCACGUGUGCAAAGCAGUUGCGCACGCACGCGUGCUUGUGUUAAGAGAAAACUGGCCGCGAGUAGGAACGUACUGGAUGGUCGGGAGAUUAGGUGCUGCUGCGGUGCAGCUGCUGCGGUGUCGUGGCUGCGUGAGCAUAACCCAUGGGUGAAAAUGUGCCAUGUGGGAGGUGGCUGCUCGAGUUGUUUCUUUCAGGGAGAAGAAGAAGCUUGCGGUGUGUUACCUGCGGUCUUACCGGUAGCUGCACAGGGGCUGGUGUGCCGGUGGGCUCCUUUCUCCUCUGUGUGCUGCUGAAGGCCUGGGCAGUUGUGCCCAGAAGUGUGGUUUCGGAGGCUCGGACCCAGUCGUACCGACAUGUCACUUAAGAAGGUUUAGAUAUGUGCGCCGACGCUCAUACGCGCGGCAUUUGCUGGCGCCAGCAGGUAUUUGUAAUCGUGAUUUGGGUGUUGUUGUUCACUCCUGCAGCUUAUGAUUCGGGCGGUCGUUUAGUGGUGCGCAAGACCUUGCUAGGUCGCGGUUCCGGGCUAUUUCUAGGUGAAUUUGAGUAGGCUUUGCUUGCCUACCGGUAUUAAGUGACGGCUUCCACGUUCAAGUCCUGCACUUGUGACCCGGCGGGACUAUGAUAGGGCAAGGGCCGGUGCGACGCAAAAUGAGUCCUGUAACAAGCACACGAAUUU